AUGGCGACGCUACACCUGCUCCUGCUGCUGCUCGCCUCUGCGACCGCCGCCUCCACCACCGGCGACGCGGGCGGCGCCGCUGCCAGCGCAGACGCCGCCCCCGAGGAGGCGCCGGCGGCGGUGACGGUAGUGGACGACUCGCGGCUGCCCGUGGAGGCGGCCGUCGCCGAGCAGCAGGAGGCGGGGGCGGAGGCGGCGCUGCCCCGCGUCUCGUACAGCGGCGCCCAGCUGCUGAGGGUGACGGCGCCAGCAGACGCUGCAGACAACGUCCGCGUCGUCCUCCGAGACAAUGAAGACGUGAUGGUGUGGAGCGACGCGCAGGCCAACGGCACGGUCUCGCUGGACGUGCUGGUGCGGCGUCCGGGGGCGGCGGAGGCGACGCGCCGCCGUCUGCAGGAGGCGGGAGCCGCCGUCGAGGUGGCCGUCGACGACCUACAGCGCGCCAUCGACGAGGAGAACCCGCCCAUGUCCGACGAGGACCUCGACGAGCUGAUGGGCCGCAACGGCCACCGCAUGGAGUGGCAGUCGUACCACCGGCUGGCGGACAUCCACCAGUUCGUCGACUUCCUGGCCGCGACGUACCCGCAGCGCUUCAGCGUGCAGACCAUCGGCAGCUCGGUGCAGGGCCGGCCGCUCAAGGUGGUGCGCGUCUCUUCCGGCAAACCAGGCGCUCCCGCCGUCUGGGUCGACGGAGGUAUCCACGCACGCGAGUGGAUCUCGCCGGCGUCGGUGACGUAUUUCCUGAACACGCUGGUGGAGCAGCCAGAGGCACUGGGAGCGGCGGGCUCUUCCGUGGACUGGUUCGUGCUGCCCGUCGUCAACCCGGACGGCUACGAAUUCUCGCACUCGUCGGACCGGCUGUGGCGCAAGAACCGCGGCGGCAGCGGCAGCGGGCGGUGCGCGGGGAUCGACCUCAACCGCAACUUCGGCUACCGCUGGGGCGGCCAGGGCGCCAGCAGGCGGCCCUGCGACGAGACGUACGCCGGGCCCUCCAAGUUCUCCGAGCCAGAGACCUCUGCCAUCCGCAACUUCGUCUCCGCAAACCGCAACAUAAAGGCGUACGUGUCGUUCCACAGCUACGGGCAGUACGUGCUGUACCCGUGGGGCUACGCGGCGGUGGUGCCGCCCGACCACGAGGAGCUGAAGCGCGUGGGCCAGCGCAUAGCCUCCGCCAUCGCGCGCGGGGGUGGCGGCUCCUACACUGUGGGGCCGGCGGGAGCCACGCUCUACCCCGCCUCUGGCGGCUCUGACGACUGGGCGAAAGGCUCGCAGGGCAUCAAGUACGCGUACACGGUGGAGCUGAGGGACCGCGGCCGCCACGGCUUCGUGCUGCCCGCGCAGUACAUCGUGCCCACCGGCAGGGACGCCGUGGCGGCGCUGGCGGUGGUCGCAGAUGCCGUCACCAAGCUGUGAGCUGCGACAGCCCGGGCCGCGGCCGGUGGCUUCCGCCUCGCCUGGGGCGCUCCUCUGCCCCACAGCGGCCAGCCGUCGACAGCCGUCCCAGCCACAGUCCGAAGAGGCUGCCAGCCACACACGCACCGUGCUAUGCCGACAGGCGACAGGUGGCCGCCCGCUCUGAAGAUCGCAGUGAGACAGUGUCGCCCCCCCCCCCCCCCCCCCCUUCCCAUAGUGCUUCGUACUACGGAGUGCUUUCAAGUUCGAACGUAUGCUAUUUUUUUUUUUGUUCUGACGUACUACUUGCACAAGAAACUUUUAACCUGUCACUCAGUUCCGUGGAAGCUCACUCACACAACCAAUUUGGUGGCUCACUUUUUUCAUUAUUUGGUUAUCAUGUGGGAUUCAGCCUUCUUUGCAUUGUCCAUCUACAGGGUGAAAAGUAUUUAAACCGACAACUCUGGGAGGUUGUAGGGGAUAUAAAACAAAUAUUUUUCCCUAAUGUCAUGUUUUCCUAUGAGGAUUAUUUAAACCAGUGGAGGUCAUAUUACGCUCUUCAGAUGUUAGAGGGUUGUUAGAGGGCGUAUUACGCUCUUCAGUUGUAGGAAACUGCUGUCCACCAGUGUAGUAGUGCAUUGUCUCUGUUUCCUAAUGGAUCGAUACACCUGGAGUGAGUACACUGAUAUGUUUGGUGAGAGCACACCAGAACGGACGAGCUGUACAGCGGGUUUAUCAACAACAAUAUCCUAGUCGCCGUAUCCCGCAUCAUACGACCUUUGCUGCUGUGUACCAACGUCUGCGUGAGACCGGGUCAUUUAGCAGAUUACCUGAAUAGGGACGCCGUCGCACAGCAAGAACGCUGCAAUUUGAGGAAGUUGCUGGAAGACCUCCCGCACGCUGCAAGACAACACAUGUGGUUCCAACAUUACAGGGCGCCGGCGCAUUUCAGUCGUCGUAUGCGUCGAUUCCUGGACCGACGGUUCCCAGAAACGUGGAUUGGCAGAGGUGGUUCAGUAUCAUGGCCUGCUCGAUCCCCAGAUAUGUCCUCUCUGGACUUUUUUGUGUGGGGAGAGAUGCCCAACCUUGUUUAGGCAACUCCUGCUGCAUCAGAAGAGGUUCUGGUUGCCCGGAUAGUAGCAGCAGCAGCAACAAUUCAUGGAAAAGUGUUUGUUGGUUUAAUUAAUUUGCCGCCAGAUAAAUCUUCCUCUACCGGUUUAAAUACACCUCAUAGGAAAAAAUGACAUUAGGGAAAAAUAUUUGUUUUGAUGUCCCCUACAACACCCCCUACAACAUCCCGGUUUAAAUACUUUUCACCCUGUAUACAAGGACAUCUUACACAUCCAUCACAACGUCACUGCUCUGAGACAAUGAAUACCAGUGAGGCUCACUACUGAAAAAUGAAUGAAGUGAAUAAUUACACGUUAGUCUUGUACACUGAACACCGCUAUUUUUAAUAUCGAAAACAUAGUGCAGUCCAGUGGCUGCCACUGAAACCCUAACCAACUGGACAAAUUUGCCAUCUCGCGCACCCAUAAACAAAUAAUGCUCGCAUGUUUGAAGCUAAAGUGUGUCUUUCUAUCUGCACUCAAUCGUCAGGGGGGGAAAUGCGUAUUUUUUAACUUGAACACAUCUCGUAGAUCAACAAGAGUAUCUGGACACCAAACCGAAAUUACAAUCUGAACCUAUUGAGCGGUGAACGAGGAUCGACUUUCCUGACAGUGCCCAUUUUCUCGACAAUCUUGCAACCACAUGGCGAAUGCGUAACUACGAAAUGGCAACAUACCCUUCAAAAGAAGCUCUAAUGAACAGGCAGCUCCUCGUGGUAUAGGCCUGCGUCACUGUUCCAAAGAUACAAAAGUACGCCCAUCCAGACAUAGCUCAGUUCUAGACAGAUUGUACAACAGACAGAUUGUACAACAGAAAGUUGUUACAUGAUUUUGACAGUGCUCGCCCACCAAAUAAUCUUCCAUUUCAUAUACAACUUACGUGCUGCCGUACUUCUUGCAACCGUGCUACUGUUAUGUGGAGCAAAAAGUGAUGCAACUACUUUCGGCAAAAUACUUGACUAAACUGUACCGAAGGUAAAUCUAACUCCACAUCUAAUCUACUUUUCACUAUCAUCCCUUGCUAUACACCUGCGUAUAACCUCAAACUUUUCUAAUUCGGCUUUCAUGUUAAUUGCAUGAGAUGUAUGUAGAAGGGAGCAAUAGUUGUUGGCUUGUGUUAAGAUACACGUUCCAUAAUGCUCGACGUAUUUCAUGUGGUGUUCCCAUGAGGGUGCUUUGCGAAAUUAAGGGGCGCUCUCGUUGUGAGCCAACCAGCGUCUCAUUUAGUUUAUCUCUUCAUCGGAGGAGAGUUUAAAAAGUUUACAAAGAAGCGUAAAAAUGACGACUCAGUAAUGUGCCAACUAAUGGCUAGUGAUCACCUGAGGUAAAACGUAUCCUGCACGACCAGCAGUUUGAACACUCGAUUACUCCAAUCUGUUCCACAGCGAAGGUAAUGGUUUUACACUGGGCACUUCAGGGAGUCGACGCCAUUCAUGUCGAAGUUCUGGGCUUUAACGAGGACGCAGAAAGUGAUUCACUUGCAGUUUUGUAUGUCAGAGAAGGAGCAAUUGCUGCUUCAAUCUACGCAACGCCAGUGUAUCAUCUAUAGUACCGACACCGUCUUCAGAAUUCCAUUUACAAGCGUCGGCUUACUCGGAUAUAAUAUCACGUUAUAUUCUUCUUUUGACCUGCUUACUCGUUUAAAUGUGUGGCCUGCACUUCCUACAGAAGAUACUCUCGCAAGAGAAAGUAAACUGUUAUACGCACCCUUCUCGCUAUAACCAUAAACAAGAACCUUAGUGGAUUGCAAUCUGCCGGUUUCUCUCACUGUGUUGGUGCUGUGAACAUUGUAUUUGUGGAAGUUCCAUCGUCACAACAUCUGCUAAAUUUCGUAAGAACUGUGUUGGUGAUACAAGUAUCAAUUUGGCUGUUAUCGUAAGAACUGUGUUACAGAUGUAAGUACCAAGUUGGCUACUGUCAUUCUGAGAUCACGAUAUAUGUUAUUACUGUACAUCCAAAAGUUUAUUAAAAACAAUUGCUAAUGUUCUGAA